CACACCUGGGGAAGGAUGCCUGGGUCCUUGGGAGGAGAGAGGCUCUUCUGAUCCCACUGCUCUCUCUCCCCACAGACCCCUACAGCUGUUAGGUCCCUCCUGCUCCUGGGGGGGGGGGGGGGGCAGGGUCUGGGUGGCGUACUGGGGACUGUUCUUAGAGACAUGGCCAGUGUUGAGAUGGAGAGAACACUCACACUUCACCACCUGGCUCAUGGCCACCCCAUCCUACUGCAGGAGGCCCCUUAUUUAUUUCUGUUCCAGGUGCUCCACAGAACAUGACCGUCCACGCCUUCCGGGGAAACAGCACAGGUAGGAGAGGCCUGGGUGGAAGUGAGGUCUCAGAAGUCUAUUCAGGCGACAGAGUGGAGGUUGGACAGAAUGCACUCACUCUUCAUCCCUUCUCUAGUUCCGCCUCUGUCCUCCCCCCUCCCAUCCCCUGGCAGGGUCACUGGGAAUUCCUACUUGAUCCUUCACUGUCACCUCUAGUUGCUUCUCUCUCCCGACCUUCCCUCUCCCCUCUUGGUCCCAUGACAUCUUUUCCCUGAUUCCUUUCCUCUUCUCUGACUGUGCCGUCUCCAUCUCACACAAGGAGACUGAGUCCCCAGAACUCUGUACCAGCCUCUGGCUGCUUUCUGCAUCACCCUACAGCUCAGCUCAUCCACGCUGGUGCUUGCAAUCCAACCUCCGCCUUGAAGACAGUCACAAAUCCCUGUCAGAUCCAGAUGGUCCUGAGUGUCCUGCUCUCCCCCUUCCCAGGCCACUCCCACCCAAGUCACCUGAGUCAAUAUGCUGGAAGUGACUUCAGACAUCUCUGUAUGUCACCCCACACUUCCGAUGACUUGGUGAGUUUUGAAAACUUGAAUUCCUGAAAAUGUCUCAAAUCCCUCUCUUCCUCCAUCCCCAUGGCUGCAGCCCCACCUUAGGCCUCCAUUCUUGCUCUCACUGGAAUGAGUGAGACCUGGACAGGACCAGCCCCCUCUCUGGACUGGCAGCUUCCAUUUUCUCCUCCUCCACCUGCCAGAAUUUGGACCCCAGACCUGACCCUCUUACUUCCCCGAUCAGAACCCUCCCAGGGCCCCCUGUGAACCUUAGGGGAGAGGCUGAGAGCAUCAUCUUGUGGAAGCCUCCAGAUGGUCAGACCUAUGCGUGUCAGCCCCCUGCAUGGUUCACACAUCAAGGUCCUCCUCCUGGGAUGGUCCCUCCUGUGUCUAGACACGGCCAACUCUUCCUCAGACGUCCAUUUCCCAUCCUGCAUCCUCCAGUUGCCUCUCCUUUCCCCACCUCACUUCACGAUCUUCACCCUGCUCAGCCCUUGCUUGCAAUGCUGUCUCAGGAACACUAUUCUCCAUUCCUGUGUCUGUGGGAGGGCAGAGGGAGAGAGGGCUUCUCAGCCCUGCCCUAUGGCUCUCUCUGUCUCCCUAGUCCCAGAGGUCCUGGGCAAUACCACCUCCCUGCGAGUCCAGGAGGGCCAGUCUCUUCGCCUGGUCUGUGACACUGACGGCAACUACCCUGCCAGGCUGAGCUGGUCCCGGGGAAGCCUGACUCUGAUCCCCACGCAGCCUUUGGAUCCCAGGGUCCUGGAGCUGCCCCGGGUGGUCUUAGGGGACGGAGGAGAAUUCACCUGCCGAGCUCAGCACCCUUGGGGCUCCUACCACAGCUCUGUGACCCUGGUUGUUCAGGGUAUCUCCUGCUCCUGCCCCCACAUCUCUGGGGAGCAGCGGGGCACCUGGCCUCUAGUCCUCACCCUGCUCAGGGGGGCCCUAAUGGGGGCUGGCUUCCUUCUCACCUAUGGCCUCACCUGGAUCUACUACACCAGGUAGACCGUGUCAGAGUUGAGCUGAAGUCUCAGAUGCCCUGCUGACUUCUGAGAUCCACGUGAUGGUAUGCAGAAGCCCUCCACACACACACAUUGGAUUUGGGUCCAGGAACCCCUUUGCAGCUGGAUAUGAAUGUUUGGAGGUAGGAGAGAUGUCCAGGGUGAAGACGUGAAAACGUAUAGCCCAGGUAAAGUGAUGACAAAAGAUGAGGCAAAAAACCAAGAAGGGUAUGAUAAGAGAAUGGUAAUUCUUCAAAAUAUUAAAGAUAGAAUCACCAUAUAACCUGGCAAUUCCACUUCCGGGUAUUCAUCCAAAAGAUUUGAGAGCAAGGACUCAAACAGAUAUUUGCACACCCAUGCUCACAGCAGCGUUGUUCACAACUGCUUAAUGGUGCAAGCAACCCAGUCUGAAUGGAUGGGUGGAUAAACACAAUGUGAUGUGUACCUACCGUGGAAUAUUCUUCAGUAUUAAAGAGGAAGGAGUCCUGACAUGUGCUGCCACAUGGAUGAAGCUUGAGAACCUUAGGGUAAGUGAAAUAAAUCAGUCACAAAAAGGGCAAAAACUAUCUGAUUAUAACACUUAUGGGAAGUAUCUAAAGUAGUCACAUUCCUAGAGACACACAAUGGGAUGGUGGUUGCUAGGGGCUGGGAGGUGGAGGGAAAUGGGGAGUUUCUGCUUAAUGGGAAUAGAGUUUCAAUUUGCGCAACUCGGAAAGACUUGUUGCUUUGUUUUUUUGACUAGAUGUCAAAAAAAUCCCAUACUCCUAUUGUAGAAAAUACCCAGUGUGGUACCAGGACACACAGCAAACUCACCAGUGACUGCAGCAUUAAAGCCAGACAGGAUUGAGUGUUUGGGGAGGAAGUGACUCCACUGGGUGGGAAUAUCUCAUGGGCAUGGACCAGGUCAGUCGACUCCUUUCGUGUCUCCAGCCUUCCUGACACAGAGAUGCUCACUCAGUGUUUGAGGAAUAAAUGAUUGCCCCUGUCACCUCAUCUAGGACCCACUUCUUUUCCUCUGCCCCAGACACUCACGCAGACUCUAAAGAAUCCCCCAUCUGGCAGGACCCACCAUCUAAGCUCUAGAUGAGGCUGUGACCCACUGAGGUCAAGCAGAAGCUCAGCAGCUCCCUGAUGUAGACAACAGGACUCAGAAAUGCAACUCAGAUGGGAAGCCCUUACAGACUCGCUGUGUCCCAUUCCUCACAUGUCCUCAGAGGUCCUGGUCCAGGCUCUGGUGCAGGAGGGAAGCCCCAAGAUGGGGGCAGGACACGGGGUCUGCUCCUUGUCUGCUCCCCUCUAAGAGGAUGUCAGGGUCUCUGGGCCGUGGAGUGUCCAUCCAUGCAGUGCAGAGGUGGGGCAAGCUCAGGCCUGCGGUUCCUCUUCUGUGAAGAACCGAGGUUGUGUGCUCCUCCCCAGCUUCCCACGGGUUUGCCCGCAACCUCCUCUCCCAAUAACCUUCUCCUUCUCUUUUCAGACACAGGACAGAUGCCCAGAAUCCUCCAUCUCAGAGAUGCUGCUGCAC